UGUUGUAUCCACGGACAUGGCGGCAGAAGGUUCUGAAGACCUCAGUGGCAAUGGAGAAAUGGAUAUUCCAGAAGCAGAGCUCGGAGACUCUGAAGCCUUUGUGGCUCCAAAUCCUGAGAGUCAGGGUUGUGUUGACACCGGAAGUGCAGUGAUGGAAGCAGCCGAGGCUCCUGCACCUUACACAAUGCCCGCGGUGGAGGGCGACGAGGAGGAUGAGGGCGAGCUCCCGGUGGACUUCGAGAGGCUGUGGAAAGCAGCCCACGACAAUCCCCAGGAUUUCUCUAGUUGGACAGACCUGUUACAGUACUGUGAACAAGAGGGUCACAUGACUGCUUCCCGCAGGGCUUUGAAUGCCUUCCUGGUGCGAUACCCACUGUGCUAUGGCUAUUGGAAGAAAUUUGCAGACAUGGAGAGGCGAGCUGCAAAUAAUGUCAAGGCAGAGGAGGUGUGUGUGCAGGGCUUAAAAGCUAUCCCUUUGAGUGUGGACCUUUGGAUUCACUAUAUCAACUUGUUACUGGGGACUCUGAACAUGAACCUGCCUGAGUCCACACAGCGCAUUCGCAGCGUGUUUGAGGAAGCUGUGGAAGCGGCUGGGAUGGACUGGCACUCUGACCGGCUUUGGGACCUGUACGCUGAGUGGGAGAAGGAACAAGGGAACCUGAAGGCCAUGACUGUGGUCUACGACCGGGCACUCAGAAUACCCACACAGCUCUACCGAGGACACUAUGACAAGCUGAAGACUCACAUUAGUUCCAAUCCGCCUCAGGACAUUCUGUCCGCGGAAGAAUAUGAGAAUCUGCGAGCAGAGUAUAAAGAGAGCCAAGCUCAGGGAGAAGGAUCCAACCCCACAGAGGAGGAGGAGGAGAGACCACCGGGAGAGGAGGAACCCGCAGACAACGACAACGGCAAAGACUCGGUAGAAGAAGCUGUGCAGAAGAUGCAGGAGCUCCUCCUUGCCAGCAGGGAGAAGGUGUUCCAGGACAACGAGGCCGAGGUCCGCAAGAGGUGGACGUUUGAAGACGCUAUCAAAAGGCCAUACUUCCACGUCAAACCACUGGACAAGGCUCAGCUGAAGGGCUGGCAGAGCUACCUAGACUGGGAGAUGGCCGAGGCCCAGGGGGCCAAUGAGCCCCCGGAGGGCACUGAGGGGGCGUCAGCAGAGGAGCAAGAGGUCCCAAAGCCAGCAGCAGGCAUCUCGGACCACAAGCGAGUGCUGAUUCUGUUUGAGCGCUGUCUCAUUGCCUGUGCCCUCUAUGAGGAGUUCUGGACCAAGUAUGCCCGUUACCUGGAGCAGUCGAGUGUGGAGGAGGCACGGAUUGUGUUCAGGAGAGCCUGUGAGGUUCACCUGCCCUACAAACACUCCAUCCACCUGCUGUGGGCCACGUUUGAGGAGAGGCAGGGAAGCUACAGUGAGGCGCAGCGUAUUCUGGAGACCCUGGAGCAAGCCAUGCCGGGAUUGGCCGUGGUGCGUCUGCGCAGGGCGGGGCUGGAGAGGCGAUUGGGCCAUCUGGACCGGGCGGAGACUCUACUGACGGAGGCCCUGGAACAGAGCAAAGAGAACCCCCAGCUGCACGCCUUCUACUCGAUCAAACUGGCCAGGCUGCUCUUCAAGCUGGGCAAGAAUGCGACCAGAGCCCGCAGUGUCCUUCAGGAGGCCAUAGACCUCAACCCUGACAACAGUAAGCUGCACCUGAAUUUGCUUGAGCUGGAGGUGUCGGGAGACCCGCGCACAAACACCGCCGCGGUGCAGCAGUGUGUCACUCGAGCUCUGGCUGCCCCCCUCUCACCCCGGACCAAAAUCCUCUUCUCCCAGCGGGGCCUGCAGUUUGCCGAAGACUUUGGCACCACCGUCCAAGGUGUGCUGACCAUGUAUGAGGAGCAUCAGAAGCUGCUGAAGGAAAUCGGCCCGAAGAAAAGGGGAGCAGAGAAUGGAGAUGGUGAUGACCCAGAGAAAGUGAGCCGCACAGAUGAUGGGUCUGCCUUGGCCACUGCCCAGACUGCUCCACCCACUGUGCCACCUGUUCCCAUGACGGCGCCCCCUCCUCCCAUGAUGGGGGACAUGAGCGGCUCCUACGGAAGCUACAGCAGCUGGUAUCAGCAACCUCAGUAUGGAGGCUAUGGAGGAUACCAGAACCCAUGGAAUCAGUAUAAUCAGUAUUACCCACCCAGCUAGGCUGAAAGGCCUGCAUGACUCACGGCAGGCCACAGGAAUUCUGGGAUACUGUUUGGUUUCACGGAGAUAUGCACCCAUUCACUGUCGCAAUAUCCCGGGAAGUGAUUAGAGCACUCCUUAAAAACAACGCCUGACCAGGAGUAAGAAUAAGGAUCAAAGUCAUUCAAGGGUUUGAAGUGAAGCUUCACGGUUUUAUAUUCAUUGUUUUCUUCUGUGACACAUUGUUGAUAACAAGGAACAUCUAAUAUCAGCUCCACAUUGUUUUAAGAUAUGAAAUAUUUUAACAAUGUAGUCAGUUCCAAAAGCCAGACUCCUCCCCUUCACUGAGAUUUUAAGGUGUAAAAAAUGUGUUAUUUUCAUAGAAAGUCUCAUUUUACAUUGAAAUGUUAAAGUCCCCAAAGAAUUGGUCUUUAUGUGUCAAUUCACCCAUGUUUUAAUUCAUGCUGGGUUUCUAAUCAGUAAUAAGGAGCGCAACCAUGGGUGUUUUAAAUCUUACAUCAUUCCGGCAGAAAACGUUUUUGUAUGUACAGAUAUUUUUAAGAUUUGAAUGGUAAAUACUCGCAAAACAUCUCUUGUGGUGAUUUUAGUGUAGUCAGGACUACUCUCCCCUCCCUCCCUCGCAUUCUUUAGCCAGUGGAUCAAUUGCUUCAGUUGCUUCAGCUAGUCAUGAUGUCGACUACCCCCCCUGCACUGAAACAUCCGUUUGUCCAGCAUACAUUUGUCUGUUAAAACUUUGAAGUAAGAGCUGCCUUUGUUUUACUUUUGUACCUUUGGCUAAGGGAGUAACUGGUAAUGUUUUGAAGAGGUAACGAUUUGUAUUGCUGUAUUUGGGCAUUGAGGAGAUAAGAGUUGCUAAGAUGCUGCACCAAACCGAAGUCAUUCUUAGAGUAGAGAUCUGGACAGAGCCAGCAGGGUACUAGGUAUUGUCAUAUCUGUGUGAAUUUACUGAUCAGCAACGUUGAGACAGAUGCUGCCUUGUUCAGUCACUCGUUAUUGAGUGCUCCAAUACCAUUCCAACCUCUUCUGUUGUAUGCUUUAUUGUUGUGCAGGCAGUAAAACCACAUGUUUUACACACUUGUAGACAUUUAUUUUUACAAACAGAACCCCAUAAGUGACCUGCUGGCUGUUUUUUUUAUUUGAAUGUCUUUCAUGCAAAUGUGUUUUUUACACAGUGCUCAAUAAAAGUGUCAGUAUACCACA